UCUGCAGUGAUCUGUGUGGAUCUGUGACAUUCAGUGAUCUAAUAAUACAUUGUUUCGUACUGUUUUUGUAUUAUUGAACCAUUAGAUUUAUUAAAAUUAUUUCUCAGUAAUAAAAACUCAUGUAGAUAAAAUGGUUGAAAAUGAUGAAAAAGGAUUUCCUGAGCUUGGAAUAAAACCAUGGCUCAUAAAACAACUGCACACACUUGGUAUAAGGACGCCUACACCUAUUCAAAAAGGUUGUCUAUCACAGAUACUGUCUGGAAAUGAUUGUAUUGGAGCAGCCAAGACUGGUUCUGGGAAAACAUUCGCGUUCGCUUUACCCGUACUUCAACAUUUAGCUGAGGAUCCGUAUGGCAUCUUUGCUUUGGUACUAACACCCACCCAUGAGUUGGCUUAUCAGAUAGCAGAUCAAUUCAGUAUCCUCGGCCAACCCUUGAAACUCCGAGUGUGUAUAGUAACAGGUGGUUCUGAUCAACUUGAGGAAUCCUUGAAGUUGGCCAACAAACCACACAUUGUUGUAGCGAUGCCUGGGCGAUUAGCUGAUCAUAUAACUGGCUGUGAUACAUUUUCAUUGAGGAAAGUGAGAUUUUUAGUACUAGAUGAAGCUGAUAGGCUAUUCAGUGAAUCCUUUAAUGAUGAUCUGGAGACCAUUUUCAAUGCUUUACCACAGAGGAGGCAGAAUCUUCUAUUCUCUGCUACAAUGACAGAGGAUGUGAAGGAAUCAAAAAUUCUUCCACUGAACAAGGAUAAACUUCACAUUUGGCGGGAAACUGAUGAUCAGUUGACAGUGUCGACGCUAGACCAACGCUGUGUUGUGUGUCCUGCGUAUGCCCGCGACGUAUACCUCGUGCAGACGCUGCGCAAGUAUAGGGAAACGAAACCAAGUUCGCACAUUAUAGUUUUCACUGACACUAAGAAGGAAUGCCAAGUCCUAUCCAUGAUGCUGAAUGCUAUCAGUAUGGAUAAUGUUUGCCUGCACGGCUUCAUGCGGCAGAAAGAACGAGUGGCAGCUCUCACGCAAUUCAGAAGCAACCUGAAGUGUACCCUGGUAGCGACCAAUGUGGCUGCCAGAGGUCUGGAUAUACCGACUGUUGAUCUGGUGAUCAAUCACAAGCUACCAUUAGAGCCCAAAGAGUAUAUUCACAGAGUGGGACGAACGGCGCGUGCCGGUCGUAGCGGGAUGGCUAUAUCGCUGAUCACUCCGUAUGACAUACUGCGGCUCGGUGAAAUUGAAGAGCAGAUCAAUACGAAACUCACAGAAUACAAGAUUGAUGAUGACGAAGCCGUUAAAGUGUUUACAACAGUGAGUGUCACCCGCCGUGAACAGGAGGCCCAGUUGGACAACGAGGAGUUUGAGCAACGCAAGAAGAACUAUCGAAUCAAGCGAUGGAUACAGGCGGGCGUCGACCCCGCCAUGAUGGAGGAAGGCUUAGAAGAGAUGCGUCGCAAACGCGUUAAAGCUGCGAAGAAAGCUAAAUUGGCAAAAAUUAAGCAGAUCCAAUCGAAAAUAAACGAGGAAGGAGAACAGGAAGACAACCGUUUGCGACAGAGAGAAAUAGAAGAUAAAGACAUUGAUGUGUCCAUCAAGGAUGGAAUGAAGAAAGUUAAUAAAAGUUUGAUGAAGAAGGACGAUAGAUUCAAGAAUGUGAUAGGAAAGAUAAGCAAAAUAAAGAGGAAAGCCAACACUGUUAAAGAAUUGAAAACUGAGAAUAUGUCUAGAAAGAAAAAGAGGAAAAAUGUUGCUAGUUAAUUAGGUUUUUAAGAAAUAUAUA